UUGUAAAGACUUUAAAGACUGAACGGGAUAAAAGAGCAGAAGGUUAUAACUUGAAAGAUGAAGAUGGACGACUCCGAGACCCAUUUAGAAUCACAGCACUGCGGGUUCCAAUAUUGAAGCCCAUGGACCUCAUGGUAGAAGCAAGCCCACGACCAAUUUUUGCAAAUGCUGAUACAUGUCAUAUAAAUUACAUUUCAGUAAAUAGUGAUCAUGAAACGUAUCUUUCUGCAGAUGACCUGAGAAUUAACCUGUGGCAUUUAGAAAUCACAGAUAGAAGUUUUAAUAUCGUGGACAUCAAACCUGCCACCAUGGAGGAGCUGACCGAGGUGAUCACCGCUGCCGAGUUCCACCCACACCAGUGCAACGUGUUCAUGUACAGCAGCAGCAAAGGGACCAUCCGGCUGUGUGACAUGCGCUCCUCCGCCCUGUGCGACCGGCACUCUCUAAGUUUUUUGAAGAGCCUGAAGAUCUCAGUUAGUAGGUCCUUCUUCUCAGAAAUAAUCUCAUCCAUAUCCGACGUCAAAUUCAGCCAUAGUGGUCGGUACAUGAUGACCCGAGACUACCUGUCAGUGAAGGUGUGGGACCUCAACAUGGAGAGCAGGCCAGUGGAGACCCACCAGGUACAUGAGUACCUGCGGAGCAAGCUCUGCUCCUUCUACGAGAACGACUGCAUCUUCGACAAGUUUGAGUGCUGCUGGAACGGUUCCGACAGUGCUGUCGUGACGGGCUCCUACAACAACUUCUUCAGGAUGUUCGACAGAAGCAUGCGCAGGGAUGUCACCCUGGAAGCCUCAAAAGAGAGCAGCAAACCCUGAGCCAGCUUAAAGCCCCGGAAAGUUUGUGCAGGUGGGAAGAGGAAGAAGGAUGAGAUCAGUGUGGACAGCCUGGACUUCAAUAAGAACAUCCUCCACACAGCCUGGCACCCCGUGGACAACAUCAUUGCCGUGGCCGCCACCAACAACCUGUACAUAUUCAAGGACAAAGCCAACUGA